AUGACAUUUCGUUUAGGAGAAACAGCAGCACAUGUCCAUGGUCAAGAUAAAGAUCGAAGCGGACGACGAAAAAGCCGUAUUUCUACGACAACUCUUGCAACUACACAGGUAGAUGAUUCUACCAAAUCGGGAACAGAUGCCACCGAUGAACAUGAUCUUAAGGAUGGUGAAGUAAGAACCCACAAGAAAAUUGUAACAACCAAAGAAGAAGAAACCAUCACAAAGUCCAAAGGUCGUAAAGACGAAGACAAUGAAAAGGAUAGUAAAGUCAAAGAUGAUGAAAAAGAUCGUCAAGGCAAAUUCACUGAAAAAGACCGCAAAGAAGAAGAUCGUCAAGGCAAAUUCACUGAAAAAGACCGUAAAGAAGAAGAUCGUCCAAGCAAAUUAAGUGAAAAAGACCGUAAAGAAGAAGAUCGUCCAAGCAAAUUAAGUGGAAAAGAUCGUGACGAAGAAGAUCGUCGAAACAGACUUGGUGAUAAGGGUCGUAAAGAUCGUGUUGAAGGAGAAGAUCAUCAAGAUCCAAAUCGAAUUGAAAAUGGUGAUGAUGAACAUCGGGAUAAUGAAGAAAAGAAAGACACAGGAAAAGAUCGCGUCGAAUCCGUUGACCGUCCUCGUACACCUGUCAAGUCAGUUCAUGUUCAUGGUUCGAUCACACUCGUCAAAUAUCGUCCAUCAGUUGUCGAAACAGUACAAUACGAUCUCGAUGGUUCACUAGUCAACACUGAUAAUCAACGAAGUACUCGACCAUUUCUUCCUUUUGCUCGCGAUUUCCUUGCACGUGGAAGUCAUGUUACACUUUACGUUUCAACAUCCAAAACAAACGAUCCAAAAUUAGCUUUCGCUAAAUUUCCAAUUCUUUACAAACAAGACAAUUUCCCACUUACUUUCAAACUUGACAUCGACUUACCAGAUAAACAACGUGGUCUUCUUGAACGUGCUGAUAUCACCUUAUAUUUCUUUGCUUACAUCACCGAUUCCGAACGAGUUAUUGAUACUUUCCUUCCAGCUGGUAUCAGUCAAAUUCUCUUAAAAGGAACCAACCGCAACGUUCAACCACUCGAAGUUUUUGUCCGUGCCAAUGGUCUUGAAGUCAAUGGUUUAUUCCGCAGCCGAUACGGUCAACGAUUUAUUGAACCCGGAACCGUUUUUCAAGUUGUUGUUGUCGAUCAAGCCACUCUUGUACAAAAAAAAAUUUCAACAACAGAUGCCGUCGCUCAAUUAACCAUUAGCAACGUUCCGUCCAUGUUUCCAGUUCCAUUUUCACUCUUAGUUCACUAUCAAAUGUUAAAACCUAACACGAAAUAUUACGCUCUCGCUUAUGUUAUCGUCAAAGGUGUUCGUCGUUUGGUUAAUCGUGAACCUGUCUGGCUCAUCAGCGAACAAAGACUUCUUAUUACACCACAAUUGGUCUUCAACGUUGUUCCAUCACCACUCAUCUUGAAAGGUUUAGUUACACGUUCAAUGCCAGGCUCGUUUGUCGUUCAACCCGGUUCAUCCCUUGGCAUUAACCUCCGUGUAAUCGGCAGUCGAGAACCAGAUAUUGUUUAUCGUAUUCCAGAAGUUACCAUGCUUCCACAAUACUUUCAAAUUAACAUCACCGAAUCGAGUCGAUUCGAUCCAACACAAAACUAUGAAAUCACAGCUCAACUUACCGAUAAAAACAACGAUAUUUACAUGAUCAGUUCACAAGCUAUUCCAAUUCUUGAUGAUAUGGGCAAAAUUACCAUUCCCGUCGAUGAUUAUCUUUACUAUGUUCAAGCUCGUAUUCAAUCAUCAACUGGUGAAGAAUUAAGCUAUAUUCCAGGCAGCACAUGCCGUAUUUUCGUUACUGAAACACCCGAAACACCAACUAAACCAGUCGUCAGCAUGACAAUCAAAGAUAUUCCCAGCAACUUCCGUGACUUCACAAUCAAAAUUCCAACAACAGGUGUUCAAGCUAAUCGAAACUACUAUUUGGUUAUGAUGAUCGAAAUCAAGGGCAUCAUUACUCAUGUAUCGAAAACAUUACUUAUCUCCAACAGUCAACGACCACCACUUCUUAUUCAAUUGCCCGUUCUUUCGCUUAACUUAGUCCGUGGUAUUAUCAGCGAUGUCGACCAACGUCCAGCUCAAUGGUCAUCAUCAGCUUAUGCAAAACUCUAUUUACUCGACGAUACAAUUGCUGAUCCUGAAAAGGCUAUUGUUCAAUCAUGGAAAAUCCACUUAGAAAAUGAUUUCCCAAUUCGUUUCGAAAUUCAAAUUGACUUCAACCGUCUCAACCUUGCUCAUGUUUAUCGUUUACAAGCUGUGAUCGAAAAUGGACGCAACCUCUUCGAAUACAAACCAGCAACAAGUGCUAUCGCUGUCGAUCCACGAUCUGGUCUUCUUAGUGAUGUACGCAUUUUUGUACGUAGCAUCAAAACAUCUCAACGAGUCCGAGGUGUCAUCCAAAUUAACGGUGUCAAAGGACCAUUACCAGAAAAAAGUGAACUUAUUCUUCAAAUCAGCACAACACCAUCAUUAGAUAAUCCACGAAUCGUUGAUGAAUUCCGUAUUAAAGUUGACAAUCGUACUUUACCAGUCGACUUCGACAUUGAAUUACCAUUAAACAAAUUUGACUUGAAUGCUGUUUAUUACUUCAUUGUUAAAUAUACUGUUCGUAACAGCGUUGUUAUUCCAGCAACUCAAGUUUUUGCUUUCUCACCACGCAACCAAGCAACUGUUGUCAUUACAUUAUCCAGAACACCUCAAAUCGUCGUCAAAGGUCAAGUAACAUCAACUGGCAGUUCACUCGAUUUACCAUCGGGUACAACUUUACAUUUGUACAUCACUGAUGACCUUACACCUGAAAAACCAUUUAUCUAUUCGGAAGUUUACCUUCAAUCAACACCAAACAGUCUCUAUGACUUUACAAUGCUUGUUGACUCCAUCAUUCUCGAAAAGAAGAUCCCACUCUAUCUUCAUGCUGAUAUCAUCUAUGAAAAUGCUGUUAUCUUACGUAUGCCACGUCCAGCUCUCCUUCAAUUAGCAUUGGAAAGCACAUGGAAUAUCAAUUUGAUCAUCGACUUGCCAACACUCGUCAUUGGAGAAAUCGUUUCAAUUACAAAUGAAAUCAAAGUUAACGGCGAAUUCGAUGCUUACAUCCAAAUUGUUCGAACAAGCACAAAGGAAAUCGUUCAUACAGUACGUCUACGUGUUGGUGCCCGAUUACCACAACCAUUCCGCAUCGAACUUGACAAUGACUUAUUCAUCCGUUAUCCAGAUUUACGUGUUCGUGCUUUGAUUAAAAACUGUAAAGAAGAAACUUUGUAUGAAAGCGGUGGUGACAUCGAUAUUCAUAUUGGUCUUAACUUGAACACACGUUUAUCUGUUGUAGUCAAAGAUAGCAAAAAACUCACUGAACUCCGUUCAAACAUCGAUGAAAGUGCUUCGCUAUACACUGGCCGAUGGCGAUUAGCUGUCAAUGGUGUUACAUCGCGCAUUCGAUACGGUGAACUCGUCACAAAUCUCGAGCAAAAAUAA